AUCUCUCUCUCUCUCUCUCUCUCUCUCUCUCUCUGAGUGAAGAAGUGAUAUAUAUAAUGGAGUUUAUUAGAAAAGGUCCAUGGACUGAAGAAGAGGACUCGAAGCUCAUCAAUUAUAUUACCAUCUACGGUGAAGGCCCUUGGAACUCUGUCGCUCAAUGUGCAGGUCUGAAUCGAACAGGAAAAAGCUGCAGAUUAAGGUGGUUGAACUACUUACGUCCCGAUGUCAGACGUGGAAACCUCACCCUUCAAGAACAGUUUCUCAUUCUCCACCUCCACUUGCGUUGGGGAAAUCGGUGGUCGAAGAUAGCUCAGCAGUUACCGGGAAGGACAGACAAUGAGAUAAAGAACUAUUGGAGAACGAGAAUUCAGAAGCAAGCAAAGCAACUCAAUUGCGACGUAAACAGUAAUGAGUUCAGAGACACAAUUCGAAACUUUUUGCUGCCCAGAUUGGUGGAUCAAAUCCAAGCCGAAUCAGACGCAUUAAGUUCCAUGGCCGAGCCUACCUCCAUUCAUGACUCCUCUGCAACAGAGACAUGGAUGAUCGCUUCAUCAUCGCAGCAACAAUUCUUGGAGAAACAAUCAGUUUUCACUGAUUUCGAUAGUGAUCAUGCGUUGGCGAAUAUCUGGCUCAAUAUUUCGAGUUUAACUGAUUGGGGAGGUUGUUUCGGGGCCACUGGACUGACAUCGGAUAGGAAUAAUGCUUGUUGUGAACAGGACAUGUUUGAUGAUGCUGAAGAAGAAGAAGAAGAAGAAACUAUGGAGUAUAGAAAAGCCUCCCGGUUAGCUGGUGGUGGUGGUGGUGGUUGGGGAUCAGUAGACACCAUGCUAUAUUAUGAUGGUGGUGAAGAAGGUUACACCAACAACACCAGCUUUGAUUAUCACUACACCUUUAAUUAA